UUGCUGACAGGUGGAAGUCAAAGCGCCGUUGAGCAAAAGUAAACAAAAGUCCACGUUUGAUUUGGUUUGAUUUCAUAAUUUCGUCGACAAACCGAAACAAACUUUUGAGAUAUUAGAAUCGCCUUUCUAAGCUAGUACACUCGUGUUUAAUUUGUUAAUAACGUCGGAGUUGGAUUUAAGUAAUAAUUCUUUGGGUCGGAAGUGUCGCGAGACAAUUCUGAAAUAUUCUUUUUACGAAAUGAAGUUACAGUGCGUGGAUUUGAACAAAAAAUUCAUGGAUUCUGUUUAAUUUUAUUGGACGGAGUGAUUCUGAAGAGUUAAAAUAAUUACGUUACUUCCUGUAAAUCGAGUAGAAACUAUUUUUCAAAAAUGUCUCAGUCGAAGAAAGGGAAUGCCUGGGCAGAAAUGUUGCUGGCAUUCGAAGAGGCAGAAAAAGAGCUUCCAGCUCGAAAGAGACAAAAACGGAAUGAUCCUCACAACGAAGAUCUCUUUAUAAUGCCCACGACAGUAAAGUAUAAAAAAACUAAUGAAAUUCAUAGCCUGUCCAAGCUUAUGGAAGCCUGUGAGCCAAAAAAAACUGCUGAUCUUGCUGUAAGCAAGCAGAAACAGAAAGAAAUUAACGAAUGGUUCCUGGAUGGAAUUAGUCUAAAAGGUCCCAGAAUUCUGGUAAUCUCCGGACCUUCCGGUUGUGGCAAAACUGCUGCCUUAAAAAUCAUUGCCAAGGAGAACCACUUCACUGUUGUUGAAUGGACAAACCCUACCGAUUCCAAUGAUUAUGGAAGCUAUGCAAAACAGAGCGACAAAUUCUUAGAUUUUCUAAUUAGAACUACUCGCUACAAUUCUCUGUUCGAAUUAAACUCUCGACGCCUUCUACUGGUCAAAGACAUACCAAAUGUUUAUUUUGUCGAAACGGAUCAGUUUACCACUUUGCUAGAGAAUUAUUUUGAAUACGGCAAAGAACCUCUGGUUUUUAUAUGCAACGACGGUGGAACCUCAAAGAUGAUGAAAACUCUUUUUCCAUCCAAAGUGAGAGAUCAAUUCAACAUCGAUCACAUCGGUGUAAACUCGACGACACAGGCAGCCAUGAAAAACAUGCUUAAGCGAGUAGCUCCAAUUUUGAAUGCUCGAGCGGACGAAUUUAUCAACGUUAGGCAACAUCAUAUCGACGAAGUGUUAUCAAACAGUGUUGGCGAUGUACGAAGCUCUAUUCUCAAUUUAAUAUUUAAUUCGUUAAAAGUGUCCGAUAAGCUCAAACACGAAUGCGAGACCAGAGCUGAAAGUUUGAGCCUUCUGCACGCGAUCGGUCGUGUUAUUAACCCAAAAAGGGUCGAAUCCGGCGAUUCUUGGAAAUUUGUUCACGAUCCCGACGAAAUAUCUUCAUCUUUUUUGUCUCAGUCGAUAAUUUUUCUCCACUUUCUUCACGAAAAUUACAUGAACACAAUUUCUGACGUCGAAGAAAUUGAAUUAUGCUCUGACAUAUUGAGUAUUUCUGACAUGAUCACUCACGGAUGGCAAGACAUCAAUUUGAUAAAACUGAAUUUAUCGCUGUGCAUCCGUGGCGUUAUGGUCCACAAUAAGAACCCUGUAAGCGGUUGGAAUCCAGUAAGAAAGCCUCGAUCCGAGGAGAUUCAGAUGUCACGAAAUCUCGGCUUCGCUGAGGAAGCCUGGUACAAAAAAAUCAUAUGUCCCAAAGAAACAAGAGACUCGUUAAAUUUGGAGAAUACGGUGAUCGAACAAAACAGUGAUUAGUUAAUAAAUUAUUUCUAU